AUGAACUUCAAUACACCUCAACAGAACAAAACGCCCUUUUCGUUCGGUGCUGCCCACAAUAACGCUGACGCUAACGUCACCAGCCAAAACACCUCUACUGGUGCGGGUGCCUUUGGAACAGGUCAGCCAACAUUUAGCUUUAAUAAUACAGCCGCAAAUAACACAAACAACGCAACUACACCUGCAUUUGGUAGUAAUUCCGCUGCCAAUGCAUUUGGAAACAAUAAUGCUGGUAACAGUACUUUUAGUAGCAACAAUCCUACGAGUAACGCGUUUGCCAACAACAAUCCUACAAAUUCAUUUGGCAGCAGCAAUGCUGAAACAUCUCUCUUUGGAUCUUCUGGUGCUCAACAGCCAAAGGACACUGGGAAUACCGUAGGUAACACCUUCGCCUCAUCUUCCUUAUUCAAUAACAAUACCAAUGAUAAUGCCACGAAACCAACUUUUGGCGGUUUAAAUUUCGGCAACAGUAAUAAUACAGCUCCUGCUUCAACUAAUAAUUCUGCUCCAAGCAAUAACGUAUUUGGUGUUAACGCAAAUGCGAACAAACCCGCCUUUUCCUUUGGUGCGACUGCUAACGAUAGAAAAGAAGCUGAACCAUCUAAGCCUGCCUUCUCCUUUAAUUCAAGCCUGAAUAAUAAAACAGAAGCUCAAACUCCAAUUUCGGGGUUCCCUUUAGGUUCACAAUUAGGCGGGAGUAAAGCUGGUAGCGAACCUACAAAGCCUGCCUUGUCUUUUGGCUCACAAUUAACUGGCAGUAAGCCAGCUGAAGCUGCUCAGCAACAACUUUCCUUUGGUGCUACAUCCAUAGAAUCGAAAGUCAAUGACACAACAAAGCCUGCGUUUUCCUUUGGCGCUACAGCAACAGAUGACAAGACAGUAAACACAACGCCAAGUCUUUCAUUUGGCGGCAAGCCCACCGAAAAGAAAGAUGACGACGCCUCUAAAACUGUUUUCUCAUUCGGUGCUAAGCCAGAUGAAAAGAAAGAUGGUGAAGCUCCUAAACCUGCCUUCUCAUUUGGUGCUAAACCAGAUGAAAACAAGCAAGAAGAGACUGCAAAACCUGCAUUUUCUUUUGGGGCCAAACCUGCAGAAAAGAAAGACGGUGAAGCUUCCGGAUCAGCAUUCUCAUUCGAUUCUAAGUUGGAACCAAACAAAACAACUAGCACAACACCAAGUCUUUCGUUUGGCACUAAGCCUACAGAAAAGAAGGAUAGAGAAACUACCAAACCGACAUUCUCAUUUGGAGCAAAGCCUGAUGAGAAAAACAAUGAUGAAGCCGCUAAGCCAGCAUUUUCGUUUGGCUCUAAGCCUGAAAAAAAGAAAGAUGACGAAGCUACUAAACCAGCGUUCUCAUUUGGGGCCAAACCUAACGAAAAGGAACAGGGGGAUGCAUCAAAACCUGCUUUUUCAUUUGGCUCUAAACCUACGGAAAAGAAGGAAGGCGAUGAGGCAAAGCCCACUCUUUCUUUUGGUGCUAAAUCAGACGAAAAGAAAGGCAAGCCUGCGUUUGCGUUUGGUUCUCAGAAAGAAAAUGACAAAAAUUUAGAAGGUUCUUCGACAGAAAAAUCAACCGAAGAUGUUAAGUCAAGUGGCAACUCCAAAUUAAACACAAAACCAGUGGAACUGAAGCCAGUUUCCCUUGACAACAAAACGCUUGAUGAUUUAGUAACGAAAUGGACUAAUCAACUAACCGAAUCCGCUUCUCAUUUUGAACAAUACACGAAAAAAAUUAAUAAUUGGGAUCAAGUUUUGGUGAAGGGAGGUGAACAAAUUAGUCAGCUAUACUCUGAUGCUGUGAUGGCUGAACAUAGUCAAAACAAAAUAAACCAAUCUCUACAAUAUAUUGAAAGGCAACAAGACGAGUUGGAAAAUUUCUUAGACAAUUUUGAAACUAAAACAGAAGCUCUUCUCUUUGAUGUCGUCUCCACAAGUUCUGGUGCCACAGCCAAUAAUAAUGAUCAAAAAAGACAGCAGGCUUAUAAAACAGCCCAAACUUUGGAUGAAAACCUAAACUCAUUAUCCUCUAACCUAUCUUCGCUAAUCACGGAGAUCAACAACGUCAGUAGUACAUUUAACAAAACUACUAACAUCGAUACAAACAACGAAGACGAAAAUAUUCAACUAAUCAAAAUUUUAAACUCACAUUUCGACGCCUUAAGGUCUCUAGAUGAUAACUCCUCUUCUUUGGAAAAAAAGAUUAGUUCGAUAAAGAAAUGA